AUGUCGGAGGACUUGAAGAAGCAAUAUAUUCGUGCAGGAUUUCAAUAUGACUACUGCGAUGAAGAUGAACAAGGUGAUAAUAAGCUUGAGAGAGUUGAGAGGAUGGUACAAGACAUGAUUCUCUCCUCUUGCAAAUUUCGAGAAGGCCAAGUAGUAAAUUUUCUUGUCCUCGCAAAAAUCUCAGAAGAGCAGAUGGUCUAUGUUCUUGAGAUAAUGAAAUUGAGAGGUCACAAUGCUGUGUUUGCACGUAAAUGGCAAAGCCAGGAGGAGGAUGGUGACUCCUCGCUAAUAGGACGCCUUUCUGAAUCUGGAAUCAGUGAAUGGACUUGUCCCCCAAACCUACUAGACGAAACCUUUGAAGACGAAAGCUUAAAGUGGUGGUAG